GCUGUGAAUUCCCAGGGACAUUACACGGCAAAGUCAAUGGUAUGCGGCAUCCAAGCCGUUUCUAUAUAAAACGACUGAAUUUGGGGAACAGAAGCAAAGAAGCUGUUGGUGUACGCAGGAGUUCAACGGCUGCUGGAUACAUUCGUCUUCAGUUUGAAGAUACAGUCUACUUUCUGUCUUCAGAAUGAAUCAUUGUCUGGGAGUGUUUCUGCUGGUUGCGGCGACUUGCAUGGCUGUCGCACGCGCCUACCCAGCCGGCGAACAAGAAGCUGCCCCAACUGUGGUAACCAGGGAAAAAGUCGGACAGCCACUUGUCGUAACCAGGGAACAAGUGGGGCAGCCACUUGUCGCAGCCAGCGUUCCCCAAGAUGAGACCCUAGGGACAGCAGAGUCGGCAUGGGGAUGGGGUGGCUACGGCAGAGGCUGGGGAGGCUAUGGUGGCUAUGGUGGCUUUGGUGGUUUGGGAGGUUACGGAAGAGGAUUUGGAGGUGGUUACGGUGGUUGGGGUAGGGGAUUUGGAGGUGGUUACGGUGGUUACGGUGGGUGGGGAAGGGGUUUUGGGUACUAUGGCUAAGUACGUCAUUGACCGCAGAUGAUAAACGGACUAACGACUGGUUCUCGUUAACUACUUGCCUCUCUUGCGAUGGAAGAUACAGACUUUCUUGUCGCAGUGUGGCUAAUUGUUUCAAGUGGUAGCUGUAACCUGUUCAAGAUUGUCUGAAUCAGGGAAACCACUUUAAAUUGUUGGUAACAAUUCUCGUCUCACUGUGUUUAUACAUUUUUUAUACCAAGUAAAUAUGUCAACUGAUAUACCGUUGUGUGUGGAAACGAAUAAAGAUCUAUGUAUUUCUAUAAACAUUUA